AUGUUAUCAUUUAUUCGUAAAAGACUUCCUUCAAAAGAUCGAAGUGAUGAACAUUUUCAACAUAUCAAAUCGAAUCAAGAUGAAGAUCGUAUCAAUCGAAGUCAAUCAAAUAAUGAAUUAAAUGGUAACAGUCAUGAAAAGAAAAAAGAAAAGAAGAAAAAGAGAAGUAUUGCAAUGAAAUCAUCUUCAACUCUAAAUGAAUUGGACACUAUUCCAAUACAAAAUCAAUCUUAUUCAGAUGUCGAUUAUUUUCCAAUGAUGUCUGGAGCAUUUUCUCAACAAUCCAAUGAUCACAAUAAAACAUCAUCAUUAGAUCGUAAUUUGAUGUCUGAUUGUUAUCUAAAUUCGAAUGAUGUUAUGAAAACAAAUAAUCAACAUAUAAAAUAUGCUCAACCAGUAGUAACGAAAACACGUGCAUUUGAUAUUCCAGUUGUUGAUUGUCGUACACAACCAAUGACGAGUUAUAAAGAUGUUGAUCAUCAACGGACGAAAGCUCUACAAGAUGUGAUGAAACAACGAAUUGACAAAAAAUAA